GUUUUCACAGCUGGAAAUAACAAACGCGGAAACCGGUUAAACCGUAAACCCGGAAGAAUCCGUCGAAUAUCAAUAAGUGUCCACAGGCCAUCCUUCUUCUUGACUACACCUGGUACAUUUAACUCCGAAAGCCAUUUUUAAGGUGUUUGUGGGACUGUGAAUGAUCAUGAAGGGUGCACUCGGAAACGUUCGGCGUGGCGGUCGCUCCCUGACUUUGAUGAUGGCGGCUCUCAUCUCCUGCGUCCUGCUCCUCGGCUUCAACUACUGGGUCUCAAACUCAAAAAUCAGCGAGCUGCAGAGCAGGAUAUUGGAGAUGAAGGGCGACAUGAGGGAGCUGGCUGCAGACAGAGACCAAGAGCAGCAGAGCAAGCUGAAGGCCAUGGAUGAGAUACGCCGCCAGAAGGAUCAGAUGGAGUUAAUGGAGGAAACACACCAGAGACAGCAGGAGAACACUCUCAUCACCUGGAAACACGAAAGAGAUAAACUGAAGCUCAAUAUUUCCUCCAGUAUUAAAACACUGCAGGACAUGAAGAACCGCAUGAAGUCCAUAAUGGAGGAUGUUAAUAAAAGUCAGAGUGAGCUGAAAUCCUGUCAAAGUAACAUGGACACACUUAAUAAGAAAGCCACCAGUGAAAUGACUCAGUGCAACAAACAAAUUGAGGCCACGAAAGACGAAUGCAAUGCAAAAAUUGCAGCUGCCAAACUGGAAAAGCAAAAGACAUCAGAAAAGGUUGCUCUACAGAAUGCUGAUGGUUCCACAGGGAAAGUCUCUGUUUCAAAAGCCAAAUCUGAUUUUCCCUCUACAAACCAUUCUGAUAAAAAUGUGGCUGAAUCUCCAAAAGGCAAACCAGAUGUGGGUUCACAGUCUAAAAAUGAUGCUCACGUCCAAACCAAUAAGUUAUUAGUGGAAAAGGAUGAGAAAGGUGCUGUAAUUUUACAGCCCAUCCCCUCCUCUAAACUUGCCAAUAAGAAUGAGACUCUUAAGAAACCAGCCAAUGAAGAAGUUGCAGAAGCAGUGGUGGAUGUUAAAGCAAAGGCUUUAAAGGCUGCAGAUACUGUAAAGGAUAAAGCAGGGGUUUUAAACCCAAAGGAAGAAGACAUUGGGAUUGGAGACCCAAAGGAAGAAGACCUGGCGAUUGGAGACCCAAAGAAAGAUGACAAGGGGAUUAGAGACCCAAAGAAAGAUGACACAGGGAUUGGAGACCCAAAGGAAGAAGACCUGGGGAUUGAAGACCCAAAGAAAGAUGACACGGGGAUUGGAGACCCAAAGGAAGAAGACCUGGCGAUUGAAGACCCUAAGAAAGAUGACACGGGGAUUGGAGACCCAAAGAAAGAAGACCUGGGGAUUGGAGACCCAAAGAAAGAAGACCUGGGGAUUGGAGACCCAAAGAAAGAUGACACAGUGAUUGGAGACCCAAAGGAAGAAGACCUGGCGAUUAAAGACCCUAAGGAAGAUGACAAGGGGAUUAGAGACCCAAAGAAAGAAGACCUGGGGAUUGGAGACCAAAAGGAAGAAGACCUGGGGAUUGGAGACCAAAAGAAAGAUGACAUUGGGAUUGGAGACCCAAAGGAAGAAGACUUGGGGAUUGGAGGUGAGAGAGAGGAAGAUGUCAACAUUGAGGACAGGAAAGAUGAAGAUGCUGCAGGUGGGAAGGAAGGUGCCAUUAUGUAUGAGGAUGAGGGCGAGAUUGAAAAACAGCUGUCCAAGAUUAAAGAUGAAAAUCAAGGUGUUGGUCAAGAUCUAGUGGAUGAUGUGGCAAAUUACAAUGGUGACGAUGAAAACCAACCAGAAUCUGAAGAUGAGAAGCAGGCAGAGCUUGCAGAGAUGUGGAAUUGACAGCAACAAUUCUUCCAGCUAAAGACCGGCACAGAUUCUCAUUAGUGACUGUUUGGAACCUCCCCAACAGGUGGAGAAGACACCUGCUGUAAAGAGUGAUUUGUUUUCUGCACUACUGUGUAAAGAAGAAUAUGUGUAUCAUCUGUCUUACCAGAACAGACAUGCUGAAAUCGUAAUUUUUCUAUUACUGGUUUUAGGUUGAACUUGAAUGUAACUACUACUCUUAUGACAUUGAGCCUUUAAAUCAAUGCAUCAUGGUGAAUUUUCCUUCUUAAAGGGGUCAUAGGGUACCCAUUCUCCACAAAUGAAAAUCUUUUCUAAUUUAGUUACAAUUUCUCAAUGGUAGUGUAAAAAAACACCUUUUUACCCUGUCAAAAACAGCUCUUUUUAGAGCACACAGUUUUGUAUAAUUUUCCUUUAAAUGUUAAUGAUCUCUGCUGACCCCGCCCCUCUCUUCCAAGCUGCUCUCUGAGGCACUGUUUAUUUUAGCCUCAUUCAUUGUGAAACUUGACAAUUGGCAACUUAUUAGGAAAGGCAAUUAGCAAAGAUUAUAAAAAAAAAUAAAAAAAUUCUUCUGUAGGUGAAGCUGGAUCAUGAAUGAUUUGUGCAAACA